AUGACGACGCGUCCGCCGCCUGAUACCGUGUGGGAUCUUAUUCGGGACGGGAACCCCGAGCAUGAGCAUCCUGAUCCUGCGUUAGGGGGGUGGGCGCCUCCCGAUGCUCGGAUCUCAUUUAUUGGGGAGGGUGGAUCCAAGUUUGUGGAGAUUAUCCCGGAGGGCCGGGUUUUCCAUGCUCCGCUCCCUGAGGGAGUACAGGCGGUCCCGGACCGUACGGCCAAUGCGAUGGUGGGGGUGAUCAACCGGUUGAAGUCCGCGUUGGUUCGGGCCCGAUCCGCACUUUCUUGCAGGAGCCCCCGCUCUACUCAGACGGAGACAGGGCGAGCCGGGGCCGAUGACGCGGGGCCGUCGGGGUUCGGGGGACGCGGCCCCGAGGAGAGAGAACGGGAACGGCACUCUCCCCUACGGCAUCGUCGUUCUGACGUGGGGACGAGUACUUCUGGGGAGCGAUCUGGGCCGGAGCGUGGGCGACGUUCCCUGUCAGUGGCUCGUGAGCCUAGCCCCGAGUUGCAGCCACAGCCUCAGCAUUGGGGAGGUUUUGUUCAAUUUGGUUUAUUCAUAGAUAAAGAUGGGGCGGUGUUGGAAUUAGAGAAUGGUGGUGGUGGUGGUGGCGGUCGUGGUGGGGUGGAGCAGGGGAGAAGCUGUAUUGAUCAUAAAUCUCUGAAGCAAAGUGGUGACCUUUUCUCUGAGUUGUUCAUUUGA